AUGUCACAUACAAAAGACCAUAAAAAUGUUUAUGUUUUAAACCAAACAAAUCAGUUGAAAGGUUUAUUUACGAUCAUUCGUGAUCGGACGAAGCCUCGUUCAGAAUUCAUCUUUUAUGCAAAUAGAAUCAUUCGUUUAAUCGUCGAAGAAGGACUGAAUCAUCUUCCAGUCUCACCGGCACAAGUGACGACUGCGCAAAACGUCAAAUUUGAUGGUGUCGUUUUUGAUGGAAGAAUUUGCGGUGCUAGCAUUAUGAGAGCCGGCGAAAGUAUGGAGCAAGGUUUACGGGAUUGCUGUCGAUCAGUGCGUAUUGGCAAGAUCUUAAUUCAGCGAGACGAAGAGUCUCAAGAGCCUGUCCUUCAUUAUAAAAAACUACCAGAUGACAUUGCCGACCGUUAUGUCUUGUUAUUAGAUCCCAUGCUUGCUACUGGUGGUUCUGCCAUGUGUGCGAUGGACAUAUUGAUCAGUAUGGGCUGUAAGCAGGAACAAAUCAUAUUUCUCAAUGUCAUCGCUUCUCCAGAAGGCCUCCACAAUGUGCACAAGCGUUUCCCAAACAUUCGAAUCGUGACGGCCGUUAUUGACGAAGGACUUGAUAACAAAGGUUAUAUUACUCCUGGACUGGGUGACUUUGGCGACAUUUACUUUGGCACAAAAGUUUAA